AUGGACGUCGGAUUAGUAUAUAAAACCGGAAGAAAGGCCAUCUACACCGGUGUUUUAACCUUGAUAGUGCCUCUAAUUGCCGCCACUGCAACCCUUCUCAUCCUCACCUUCCAGUGGUCCUUACAAGCCGAGGAAAUUGUUCAGCUUCUUUUCAUAACAUCAAUGCACUCUCUGUCUCCGUCCCCCGUCAUCCAUUGCCUCCUCACCGAGCUCAGAAUCUUAAACUCUGAGCUCGGCCGGCUCGCAUUAUCAUCGGCACUUGUCAGUGACCUCUCCAGCAUUUCACUCACCGGUGUUUCAACCAUAAUGACAGUCAUGCAGCAAGAUCCGGAUAAGCCCCUUAUCGACUUGACGAUGAUGAUAGUCUUCACCUUGUUUGUUUACUACGUUUGUCGUCCAGUUAUGUUGUGGAUGGUGAGAAAGACACCGGAGGGCAAAUCCGUUAAGGACUCGUACAUAUCAAUAAUCCUGCUGGCUGUUUUUGGAUCUGGAUUGAUUUCCCAUGAAGCUCGUCUGUCCAUUGUAGUGGGCCCUUUAAUCUUGGGAUUGGCUGUGCCAGAUGGGCCCCCACUGGGAGCUACACUGGUCAGAAAGCUUGACUUUAUGGUCAAUAGGGUUUUUAUGCCGGUUUUUGUGACGACGUCCAUGAUGAGGGUGGUUGUACAUCAGGAGGUGCCUGAUGGUGACCAAACGGCAGUUCGUGCCACAGCAAUCAUCACUCUUGUGAUCUUCUUGAGCAAAUUUGUGGCCUCUUUGGUGACUCCUUUGUGUUGCAAUAUGCCUCUCAAGCAUGCUGUGGCACUAGCACUCGUAAUGACCAGCAAAGGCGUUGUCGAGAUAGCCGCAUACACCAUUGCUAGAGACACUUGGGUUAUUGUUCAUGGGGUCUUUAAUUACAUGAUGUUCACCGUCGUAUUUAGUGCAAUUGUCGUGCCACCUCUUGUGAAGCUCUUGUACGAUCCUAAGAUAAAAUACGCCGGCUACCAACAAAGAAACCUUAUGAAUGACAAACCCAAUUCCGACCUACGAAUCCUUGCGUGCAUCAACAGAGCCGAUAACACCCCCGCCAUCAUCAAUCUUCUCGACGCCGCGUGCCCUACUCGAGAAAGCUCCAUCACCCUCUACGUCCUUCACCUCAUCGAGCUAGUUGCCCGAAGCACGCCCAUCUUCUUCGCCCACGAUAUACACAAAAGGGACCUCUCCAACUACUCGUACUCCGACAAUGUCAUCCGCUCGUUUACUCAGUUUAUGAGAGACAACGAUGGAGCUGUCUCCGUUAAUGUGUUUACAGUGGUCUCUCCUCCCCAAUACAUGUAUGACGACAUAUGCACCCUCGCGCUGGACAAGGACACGUCGCUCAUAAUCCUUCCGUUUCAUCGGAAGUGGUCGACCACUGACGGGUCUAUUGAGUCGGAAAACCAAAACGUAAGGGAUCUCAAUCGUAGGGUACUUAAAAUCGCGCCAUGUUCGGUUGCCAUUCUUGUGAACCGUGGUCACAUAAGAUGCACCAACUCCUCAGCUGAAGGGUAUAGAGUUGCGGUGGUUUUUCUCGGAGGGAAGGACGAUAGAGAGGCGCUUACUCUCGCGAAACGGAUGGUGAAGGACGCGUGCAUCAGCCUGACGGUGAUUCAUCUGGUGGACGCAUCAGACCACGAGGAGAGUCACAACAAAUGGGAGUGGGUGCAGGACAAUGAGAUGUUGAAGGAAGUAAAGCAGAAGAGUAUAGGGUAUGUGAGUUACGUGGAAGAGAAUGUACAGGAUGGGACUCAAACGACAAGGAAAAUACGGUCGUUGAUGGACGACGAUGAAUACGACCUGCUCAUCGUCGGGAGAAGAUAUAAGGUGAAAAGCCCUCAGACGUUGGGUCUUGAGGACUGGAGUGAGUUCCCGGAGCUUGGGGUUAUCGGCGACAUGCUUUCCUCAGCGGACUUUCGCUGCAAAUCUAGUGUGUUGGUGGUUCAGCAACAGCAACAACGUAGUAAUGCCACUAUUUAG